GUCUCCGUGCGCUGGUCCGGCGGAACGCCGCCGACGUUCGACAUCGACGUCGACGACGACGCCACGGUCGCCGACCUGAAACGAUCGAUCGAAACGACGACGCAAGUGCGCGCGGCGCGCAUCAAACUUCUCAACCUGCGAAUCGGCGCGAAACCGGCGAUGGAUGACGACGCGCUGUCCGAGAUCGGCAAGUUCCCGAAGCAGGUGAUGAUGAUGGGAAAACGCGAAUCGCAGAUCGAAGCGCACGCCACGGCGGAGGCGUUGGCGUCGUCGAUGGCGCCCGAGGUCGAGGAUGAUUUUGAGCUGGAUGCGCGGACGACGACGGCGGCGAUGGCGAAUCCCGAGUUCAUCGCGAAGCUCGAACGGCGCGUGCGGGAUUGCAAGUUUCCGAAGAAACUUUCCGACCCACGUCCGGGGGCGAAGUGUCUGGUGUUAGAUAUCGAUUACACGCUGUUUGAUCAUCGGACGACGGCGGAGAAUCCGAGCGAGAUUAUGCGACCUUUCCUCCACGAAUUUUUAUCGCGAGCGUACGCGGCGAACUUUGACAUAUUCAUUUGGUCAGCGACGUCUUUGAAGUGGAUCGAGUUAAAGAUGACCGAGCUUGGAGUGUUGACUCACAAUGAUUACAAAAUUGUUGGUUUGAUUGAUUCGUCGGCGAUGAUUACCGUGGAGACGGCCAAGUACGGCGUGUUCAAUUGCAAGCCACUCGGGUACUUGUUCGCGCAGGAUUGGUGCGAGUAUGACUCUAAAACAACCCUCAUGUUUGACGAUUUGUCUCGCAACUUCAUCAUGAACCCACAGCUUGGACUGAAAAUUAGACCAUUCAGAAACGCGCACACGAGUCGGGCGACCGACCGCGAACUGUUACGAUUGAGCGAGUAUCUAGAAGAAAUCGCCAGUCUAGAUGAUUUUUCCGAGCUGAAUCACAACAGAUGGGAGUCCUUUUUAGCCAAAAAG